CUUACCCUCUUUUCAUCACCCUACCUACCUUACCUUACCUUCCAUUGAAAGCCAACCGUACUCGCUGUUAUUACUCCUCCGCCAUCUUAGUCGAAUCCCCAUACACCGAGACCAACUCUGCCUCCGACUUGAAUCCGCCGAAAUCUCAAACCAUGGACCUGCUCUCCACCGUCCGCAAGUCCGGCUCCCGCGGCGGUGUCAACUUCAGCUGGGACGAAGUCACCACCUCGAUCCACCGCGAAAACUACCUAGGCCACAGCCUCAAAGCCCCCGUCGGCCGCUGGCAAGCCGGCCGCGACCUCAACUGGUACGCCAAGGCCGACGACGACGCCGGCGCCGUGCCGGGCGAAACCGACCAGGAGCGGCGCGAACGCGAGCGCAAGGAGGAGCUCCGAAAGGUCAAAGAAGCCGAGGAGGAUGCCCUCGCUCGCGCCCUGGGCCUGCCUGUGGUGAAUCGGGACACCUCGGGUGCGAAUGCCAUCGCCGUGGGACCCUCGAGGAAUAUCGGACCGCAGGAAUCGGCGGCCGGCGAAGACGAGCCUGUCAAGGGGGGGUUACAGCUGACGGGGCCGAAUACGAGGGAAAAGAAGGAACGGAGGAAACACAGGGACGAUGAGGAGGGGAGGGGACGGAGGCGAAGUCCGGACCGGGAGAGGAGACAUCGACGUGAGCAUCAACGGUCGAGGCGGGACGACGAGCGGCGGCGGAGUCGAAGCCGAAGCCGAAGCCGAAGCCGGGGACGAGACGGAGGGCGAGAGCGUAGGAAAGAUGGAGAUGACCAUGGCGAUUCUUAUCGUGGCGAAGCCUAUUCGAGACGGUACCGGCGGGACCGAAGCCGCAGUUUGGAGAAGGAUAGUCGCCGGGAACAUCGACGAGGGAAAGAAAGGGAGACGAAGAGGGAAAAAGAGAGGGGACGCAGCCGCAGUCUAGAGCGGGAAAAUAGGCGGGAGUACCGACGUAGGGAUACCAGUCGGGAUGACUACCGACCACGAUCCAGGGAGCGCCGCCACAACGCAGAUACUCGGCGCCGCUGAGGGAUCAGCACGGCACGUAGAAGAGCUUGAGGCCACAUUUUACACCGAAGAUGCUGUGAGAGGACGGGACCAGAAGACGCUGGGGUAUCAAAACUACGGAGAACGAAAACGGGUUGGAGAGUCUAUGAGCAAUGAUUGAUACCUGGAGAGAUGGAGUACCUACUUGUAGAACAAACUCCCGCCUCCUACAGCAACCCAGAAUGAUACCCUUAAAUAUUGAGAGUCAGUCCAACAACGCCUGCC